UUUUCGACGAUGACAUCUAAACAUAUUUUAGCCCGAGCCCGAUUGCUAGCCCGGCCCGUUGGUCGUAGUUCACAGCCCGCGAAUAAGCUCCAAAGCCGGCGUUAUUCGGCAGCUUCGGCCGUUCCGGCUUCUACUCCUCCACCGGCGGCUAAUGUACCUUCAAAAAGUUCUUUGAAUGAAGAUGAGCUGAAGAAGUUCGCCGCCAUUGCCGAGACAUGGUGGGAUGCUGAAGGACCGUUCAAGCCGCUGCAUGCGAUGAAUCCGACGAGGCUUGCGUUUAUUAGGUCCACGUUGUGCCGACAUUUUGGGAAGGAUCCAUCCUGUUUGAGGCCAUUUGAAGGAUUGAAAUUUGUGGAUAUUGGUUGUGGAGGAGGGAUUUUGUCUGAGCCUUUAGCACGGAUGGGCGCAAGUGUUACAGGAGUUGAUGCUGUGGAAAAGAAUAUCAAGUUUGCUCAGCUUCAUGCGGAUUUGGAUCCAACAACUUCCACUAUUGACUAUCUUUGUACAACAGCUGAGAAAUUGGUGGAAGAGCAUAGGAAAUUUGAUGCUGUACUUGCACUUGAGGUAAUCGAGCAUGUGGCAAAUCCUGCUGAUUUCUGCAAAUCGUUGUCAGAUUUGACCGAGAAUGGUGGAGCUACUCUGAUCUCAACGAUAAAUCGAUCAAUGAGAGCAUAUGCAACAACUAUCGUUGUGGCAGAAUAUCUCUUGCGUUGGCUACCAGCGGGGACGCAUGACUGGUCACGCUUUCUUACUCCAGAAGAGCUAGUCCUAAUUCUUCAGCGAGCUUCAGUUUCUGUCCAAGAGAUGGCUGGGUUCGUCUACAACCCCCUGACAGGGCGAUGGUCUCUCUCUGACGAUAUCGGUGUAAAUUUCAUUGCAUACGGCACAAAGAACUGUGGAUAGAUCAGGCGAAAUAGUGCAGGAUUUGAGAAUACUGAAAAACUUCCAAUUACACAUGAUUAUCUUAUGUUAGUAUACAUUCUUCGAAAUACAGUAGCAAUAUAAAACUUUGUUUUUGCAUACUACUUUUCAUCAAUAACUAAUAUACUACUCCCGAAA